ACAUUGUACUUAAAUCACAAAAACUGUCAGUCGCUGUACAUAAAUGGUCAUUUUACUUAUUGAUGUAUAUUAUCUCCAUAUUUAUUUCCAUUAAACCUAUUUUAUAGAUUUUACAGAUUUACAUAAACGUAAGAGUUUCCAAAAACAAACACUACUGCCACUAGGUGCCAUUAGUCACUCGUGCCACUAGGGGUCUCCCUCUGCUCGCUCAAUGAGGGAGCACACAUUUCAAAGAUCAGAAACACACUGGAAAGAGUCUACGACUGGAACAAUGUCAAUUCUUUCUCUCAAAAUUAACCAACAAAACGCCAUAACCAACAAAAAAUGCAAUACACAGAUUGUGUUUAACUACCGAGAAUUAUUAAAUCCAUAUUUAAACAAUUCUGAGUUAGCUACAAACAAUUGUACAAAUAUAGUCAGAACGUUUACACAAGCAAACUGCCAUGUUUAAAAAUACAAAAGUAGUAAAAUGUGGCCUCUAAUUAUUUUGCUGGUAUGCUCAGAUGAUCCAAUGAGAUCUGGGCAGAUUAGGUUCAUAUGGAGGCUGGAUUAAUCUCCACCCGUAUGAUAAUCCGCGUCAGCAUAUUUCUUUCUCAAGUGUAGACAAUAGAGUUGCUUCUUAAAUCGUUCAGAGAAUUUGUCUUUGUUUUAUAAUUUUCUUCUUGAACUUAGACACCUUGCAGCUCCCUGCCCAGUCUGCCACGACACUGACAGAUUCCUAAACUGGACCGCCUUUGAUAAGCAUCCUAUGGUAUUUUGUUCAAGAUGGCGGUGGCGAGCAUGGAAAAGGACGCGAUAAACACCGAAGAUGAUCUUCACCUUAAUAAUUCAUUCGGAGAUGCAGGUCUUAUCUCCCCUGAUAAAGAAGACAUCUCUCGUAUUCUGACAGUUCCUUUCAGUGGACGGAUCAGAGGUGGGAUGAGGCCUGGGAAGAAGAUCAUUAUAAUGGGCAUCAUUGAUCCAGAGCCAGACAGCUUUGACAUCAGUUUGAACUGUGACCACAGUGAGAAGAAAGAUGAUGAAGAGCUCACUGAUGUGGCCCUUAAACUCAGCGCGCGAUUCACUGAAAGGCAGUUCCUGAGGAACGCCAGAGUCUGUGGGAAAUGGAGUGAUGAGGAGGCACCCAUAUCUUACUUUCCCUUCAUCCCGGACCAGCCUUUCAGGAUUGAGAUCCAUUGUGAGCACCAGCGUUUUAGGAUCUUUGUGGAUGGACACCAGCUGUUUGACUUUUAUCACAAAGUAAAGUCUUUGCUGGCCAUUAACGUGAUCCGGAUAGUUGGGAGUCUUCAGAUCACCAAGCUUGGCUAAGCAAGCACGCCUGAACACGCUCCAGAAAGGACUUCUCACAGGUGAACUCGCGCACCUGUGCAUUUGCCACAGGCCUCUGGGCCGCAGCUCACACAAAGACAUCAACAGCAUCUGCAUUUUCACUACUUUUGCCCUCUUACCUCUCAUUGGAGUGAUUUCUGAGUAUUGUAUCAUAACAGGUUGGUGAAUGGUUGCAUUGUCAAAUGUGUGUUUUCCAGUGUCCUUGCUUCACAUUGUAGUUUAUUUGUUUAGCUUUGGUCAUUUUUCAGGGAUUGCACACUUUGAUAUUGACUCUGUGGCAAUACCAUACUCCACUAGGAUUUAGCUGCUCUCAAUAGACACUGCCAAUGUAGUCUAGCAGUGUAGUUUCAAAAUGAUCCAAAACUCAGGAAAUCAGAUAAAGUUGAUUUACUUUACAUUUUAUUCUGAUGACAAAAAUGCUCUAUUAUUAUUAGAUGGGCUGUCUUGACAAACUUUGGCUGCUAAAAUACAAGAGCUCAGAUUCAGCAUUUGCCAUUCCAUCUGGGUUAAUUAAACUCAGUCAUUUUUAUUGUUUUGUAAGGAAGAUGUUAUUUGAUCUCCAAAUUGUGUAGCCGGGUGUAUGGCAGACAUAUUUAAAUAGCAUACAUUUCCCCUCCUGUAUCUAUUCAUUGCAACUAUUCAUUUUUGGGAAAUAUAAUACGUCGCAUUGAAAUUUUGUAGAAUGUCACUUUUUUUUUUUUUUUACUUGAGGUUAAGAGGAAGUUUUUAUUUUGGGGAAUGAAGGACUGAAAUUUGAUCAUCCAGUCAUUCUCUUCCAAGCCAGCACAGUAUUUAAGAACGACUGUAUAAUGUAAAACCUGACAAAUUACCGCUUUUGGACACAGAUGUGUAGAUUGUUUUUUUAGAGUAAUGACUUCAGUGCAGUGAUUUUUGCUCAGAAAAAAAAAAAAGAAAAAAGGCCACUUGUCUGUUUACGCUUUAUUGUAAAGCACAUCUUAAAAGUUGAGGGAGCAGAAAUAACAGGGCUUAAUUGUGUCUUGAAUGUACUGUCAUCCACUCAUAGGCUUCAUUUGCUUAGCUGUGGAUGUAAAGUGAGUGUCCUCACAGAAAAAAA